AUGAUUGCUUUCAUCGUUAUAGCUGCAAUCCUCAUCUUAGCAGCACUGGCUUGUGUGUUCGGAAGGCUAUGCAACCGCGGUCGCAAAGAUCACAAAAAGAACAACAAACCCUCAAAGCAUGAGAAACCAUCGUCAAAGAAGAACCGUGAGAUCAGACCUGUGGAGCGUGAGCCAAGAGAGAGAGGUGAUGAUUUGGAGUUUGGGUUUGAUAUAAAGCGUCCUGGUCCAAUGAGCAAACCUUCUGGCCCUAUGAGCAAACCCUCUGGUCGAAAUGGAGAUAUUGAGUUUGGGUUUGAUAACAAGAGAGGAGGAGGAGGAAAGAAAGGACCACCUCCGGGUGUUAAACACGGAGUAAGGUUCCAGUAA